AUGGCCGAAAACACAGCAUCCAAUAGAGUUCUACAAGAAUUCGAAGAUAAAUUCGAUAUAAGUGCUGAUGAAAACGGAGUUAAUGACAAAAAAGAAACAAUCAGUGAACAGGACGUAGUUUGGAAUGGUAACGAAAAUGAAGUGAAGUAUGAUUACCUAGUAUUCGUUACUAAGAGACGAGACAUUAGAGAUACCAGAGAGAGAGAAUUAUCAUUGUUAAAAGAGAUCAGAAAGCUUUUGAAAGGUGUGAAAUCAAAAUCGUCCAAACUAAAAACCUAUAAGAAGUUUAUGAAACCAUUAAUGAGAAUUUCUGUUCGGGCUUUUGAGAAGUCUGGUGAAGCGAAUGACCCACUGGCGCCUAGUCAAAAAAAGCUACAAGAUCCAGUUAUUCCUGAAGAUAAGGAGUGGAUGCCGCAUUAUCCUCCUUGGAAUUAUUGGACGGUGGGUAGCUCAGGAGGUUACACAAUAAUUUAA